GUCUCGUUUUGUUCAAUCCUACUGAAGAACUGUUGACUCUAUUCUAAAUCGAGGGUGUGCCCGUAAAAGAUUUUUUUAGGAUCGUCCUUAAAACAAAUUUCUUGAAAGUUAAAAGAUAAACUUUAAAUAUAUAUAAGAAUUUGAGAUGCUUUUUUUUAAUGCACGUUAAUCUAAUUUCAAUUACAUCCAUGCUCUGGCGAGAAAAACAAAAGGGGUCUACUAAGUUGUCAAUAUGUUGUCUAUCAAAGUGAUUAAAAUUUUGCUACACGGCUGUCUUUCUUUGCUAUUUAUAGGAGGAAUUAGGCCUAUACAUUUGAACCAAUCAAAGCCUAGAAUCUAGAAGUAUUUUUAACACCAACGGAUUUUUCAUGUUUCUAGCUACUUCACAUUAGUAUUUUUUAAGCUACAUGGGGACAUUUUUUUUUUCAAUAAAACUUAUUAUAAAAUAAUCUCAUCUGUCUAGUGACUUUCGUAGUAGGGGUGCUGUGACAAUUCUCAUAACCAAAUCACUUCUAUUUUCCCGUCUGCAGCUGUUCUUAGCAGGAUAUCAAGAAAAAGUCCGCUCAAUUCUUUUGUUAUGUUAUCCUGCCAGCUUUUCUUUGCUAAACAUUAAAAACUCAACGUAUCUAUAUGGCGUUCUAAUUGUGGCUUUUUGCAACAUUUUUUAAAAUACAUUUUGUUUCUUUGGCAAAUCGAAUGAAAUAAGAAAGAAGAGACUUAUGGACUUUUUUUUCUCAAGCUACUACGGUACCUUCUCCCACGCCACGAGUCCGACAAAGGCUUGCAAAAAAAAAAAUUGUUAUGUUUUGUAAAUUUUUGUUUUACAUGUUUCGGAUGUUUCUUCACAUUCUUGACGGACAUAUAUGGCAGUAGACAUACAUGGUUUGAAGAGUUUUAAUCCCGGUCCUUUGAGAUCACCAAACAUCAUUCCAGAGCGCACAUACAAAUGAAUUAAAUGACUAAAACUAUUCAAACAUAGAAUCUAUGUGUGAAAAGCAGAUUCAGAUCAAAUACAAAUCAAACUAAUGAGGCCAAUAAUACUACAACAAAAAUAAAAUAAUAAUUCUGUUUUAGCUCACUCUAUAAUAGAAGUUUAGAAAUAUAGUUGGCAACAAAGUUAAAGUUUUUUGCAAAAUACAAAUCGGAAAGUGGAAUAAGUUUUGUGGUUAAAGAUAACUUGAACCAUGACAUGGCAUUCAAGUCUAGAGUGACAAGAGUCUAGAUUCUAAAUCUAGUCUAGACUAUUAGAUCUAGACAAUCUAUUCUAGAUGUCGUAUUACAUUCUAUCUUUAGGAAUUAGAUGUAGACUCUAGAUCUUUCAAUAUGAAUUUUCGAUUAUUUAAAAAAAUUAAAAUAGAAUAGUGACCGUGUUCCGUGUAAGUGUAAUAGUCAAUACUCAUUGAUGAUUGAAUACUUCAAUUCGACAAUACUAGAUCUAGAGUCUAUAGACUAUAGUAGACUAUACAAUAGUGAUUUAAAAACGAAUCCGUAUCGUGAUAAUCGUCCUCAUCCGACAUGUCGUAAUGAGCGACACAGGCACAGGCAUAAGCCUUUUAUUUCUAUGGAUUACUUUUAUAAGUUUAUUUCAACUUGGUGGAUGCAACUAUGCAGAAAUUUUAUGGGGGCAAUGCUACACGUUCUGUCUGAAUCGCAGCGAAAUUCAACGAAAGGUUACAGCUAGAGAGAUAGACCCAGGUGUGAAGUAUAUUACAAAAGAUAAACUUAUUCAGGCCUGUAAGAAACAUCAAAUAUGUAAAUGGUGCCUCUACGCAUGUGAUAGACCUGUGAAAGAUUAUGAGAAUCAUGUAAACUGCCUCAAGGAUUGUGAUCGUCAUAUACACAGGCAAAAGAAUAAUAAAGCCCAUAAGGCAUGCACUGAUAGCUGUAGUGUGAUCUCUACAUUUCUGCAAAGGAAAUUUGGUAGCUGUCCCCUCUCUAAUACUUCACCCCCAUUUCAAGGUAAUUGUACAGACAAAUGUGGCCAAGAUAUACACUGUACAGGAAUAGAGAAGUGUUGCCAAACUAGCUGUGCUUCUGAAUGCAAAAGGCCUGUAGAGCAUGAAGUAAUUCCUCAGAAGCCAUCUAAUAUAACAUUUAAAGAGAAAAGUGAUGGCAGAUUGUUAAUAGAAUGGAGAUCAACAUACAGUUCCAUGGUUGCAGCUCCUGUCUUAUAUAUUUUAAGAUGGUGGUGCCCUUACAGUUUGGCUCCAGAGUUUAAAUUUACAACUAUUACACGAGUCAAAUUGAAAGGCUAUCCAGUCAUUCAGCCUGGUUCCAAAUGUAACUAUAUGCUAGCAGCAAUCAAUGUUCAUGGCUCUGAAGGAUUUACAUUCCCACGAACUUAUACCAAAGAGUUUCUAAAGCCAUCACCUCCUAAUGAGCUGAAACACAUUAGAACCAAAGAGCAUGGCAAGACAGUAGAUAUGACCAUACACUGGCAUCCUCCACGUCACACAGAUGGGUUGAAUGUCACCAAUUAUAUGAUCUCCUGGAGUGAUGGCCUACCACGAGGGCGCAGUGAUUACAUGCGCCUUCACAUGCACAGAAAAUCCAUCAAAGGAGACAGAUACAGCUUUACUAUCCAGAGACUGAAUCCAUGUACAGUUUAUUUUGUGCAGGUUCAAGCAGUAAUCAAAUGGGAUCACAUAGUCACCUUUGGCCAGCCAGCAUCUAUUUAUAUUGAAGCUUGUUUGGGACCACAACCUGCUGGUAAAGAAGUGGAGACUAUACCUCAUGUAGAUCCAGAGAAAUCCUACCACAUUUACAAUGUCACAAUACAUGAUGCCAGGUUUGUGGACUCACAGCUUAAGGCUAAUGUCACAUGGUCUUUAAUUCCAGGAUCCAAUGUGAAACAUUUUAAAAUUGCUUGGAAACUUGAUGUCUGUGAAGGAGAAUCUCAACACAGAAAAACCAGAGAUAGGUUACAUCAUCAAAACAUUACAGAGGUGAAACAUUUCACUCUGUAUGGCCUUUUGUCUGAUUGUAUCUAUGAAGUUAGUAUUUCCAUUGUCAAUUACACUGGGGCUGUUAAUGAAGGUCGCAAAGAAAGGUUCAGGACAUCAUCCUGUCUUGCCACACUUGGGGUGAUCCCAGAAUUGAACUGUCCUGAAGAAGUUACUAAACCGCUGCCUCCAGUGGGCUUACAGGUAGUACACCGAAAGAUGAACUGCAUGUGCCAGUCACUUAUCCAAUGGGAGAGAAAUCCAGAUUCAGGCCACAAAAUCAAAAACUACAUUGUCCUGUGGGGACAGAGCCGUCCCUCCACCAAAGCUAUUGUCAUCUACAACUCUCCACCAUUUCAGCUGCAGGUUCCAAAGGAUGAUUUUCGAGCAUGUCUGACAUAUCUAGAGAGAUCUAAGCAUUACACAAUUCAAGUCAUUGCCCAGACAUCCAAUGCUAAGAGCAUUCCUGCCAUUACUCACUUUGAGACACCAGAGAAUAUGAGUGCUUGUUAUGGAGUGCAACCUGUUGAUGAUACUAGAGUGACAGAUUAUUUCAAUGGUGCUGGGGCUGAGGAAAUGAUGGCUAACUUAACAACCAAUAUGCAUAAUGUUACAGUGUCCUCAAGUGGAGUCACAUCAAGUAUACAAGUCAGCAGUUGGUUUCUCUGUCCACCCAUUCUUUUGGCGAUUUGGUUGUAAAAUGUACUUCAUAGUUACUAUGUACUGAAAAAAAUCACCUCAUGAUCCUAUGUGUGAUCUUGGUGUAUAUUACUUAGACAGCAAAGUUAAAAAGAAACGAACUGUUAUGUAUGUCUGAUAUUUGCAGGAAUGUAAAGCACAUAAAGCAAAGACUUGUUGGACAUUGUUAAAUGUUAAGGCAUCUUCUUGUCCUAACUUGUUCCCGUCAUGCAUGGGCAUCAGGAUCCCCUGCUUCCGUGAACAGGCUUCGAAAUGACUAUUGUGUGUUAAAUGGUGUUCUCAAAUGGACAAAAUUUAUAUAACUUUCCAGAAUUCAUUCAAAAAUAGGGAGUUGAAAAUUUUAUCUGGUAAAAAAUGUGCUUAAAUUAACCUUCUUAGCAUUGGACUGUGAGUGUCAAAUUAAAGGCAACAAAAUUCAAGCAGUUGUCAAUCAAGACUUCAUGUGAGUCUUCCUAUGUCUAAGCUUUUAACUUCCAACACAUAGAAAACUGAGAUUGUUCUUAUCUUCAAAGUAACUUCUUUCAAAGUUUUGCAACUUGACUAGUUCUACAGUUGUUAUUACUGUUUGAUCCUUUAUUGAAAGAUCAGGUCUGAUUAAAUCCUGUUGUUACUUUUUGUAUAAAAUUACAGUUGUUACAGUAAAUCCAAAUUGAAAUAUUUCAAAACAUUAGCUUUUGAUUUCAUAAUACAUUGUCAGAAUGUCAGAGAAUUAUAAACUCUGAUCACCUACCAAAGAAAUUAUUUUGUUUUCGUAAAUGCAUUCAUGUGUAAAGGAAUCUUGUUAAAUAUCCCUCUAUUACUUUUGCAUUCCUAGAUAGAUAUUUUUUUGACCAUAUGUGUAUAUACACACACAUAUAAUUGUGUUUAACAUUACAUGUGUCUAUUAAUAUUAUAUUCAAGAAACAUCUCUGGGUCUUAAGCUCAAAUAACCACUGUGCCUUAACAUGGAAUUGUCUGGGACUCACAAAGUAAAGUUCCCCUUUCAGACCUUGCUGUCUAUGGGGCGAAUGAAGCAAAAGUCAUCUGAUUCUGUGGCCCAUGAUUAAUGAGGGUGUUCUGUGGCCAGCAUGACUAAACGCCAUUACUUUUCCCAACCUAUGUCAGGUACCUAUUAGAGCUGGGCGUGCUCAGAGGCAUCCUAAAGAUCCUGAGAGUAAAAAUCCCAGGAUUUGAUACUGGGACCCUCCAGUUCGUAAGCCAAGUGCUUUAUCACUCAUCCACCACAUCUAAGUCUGGGACUUAGUAAUCUCAUUUUUUUCUUAUUUUUCUGCCACUAUCAGAUCAAAUUAAUUACAUUCUUUUUUAGAACAAAGUGGGGCUUAUUUUUAUGUUGUUUUUAGAUAUAAAAUAAAAUAUUUCCUUUUAGCUUAUAAAACUUGUAUCUAGGGUCACAUGAUUUGAAUUUUAUAUAAAAUAAGUAUUUUAAAAAGGAUUUUGAUCUUUUCUUCUGUCAGUAGUAUGUCACUAAUAUUAAAAUAAAUAUUUUCCUCAUCUUUUAUUGUAAAGGCCACUUCUAUCUAUGCAUUUUUAUGAUUACAAAGCUUAUAUCAACUCUGUCUGGGUGGAAUCUAGUACAUGUUAUUUCUCCCACUUCCCAUUGAAUCAAGUUGAAACUUAGCUUAAUUAUUUAGCUUAAUUAUUUUUGUCGAUGACAACAUAUGAGUUUAAAAAAAAAAAUAUGGUAAUAGUUAAUGAAGUUAUUGUAAUCAAUUAAUUUUGUUUUAUAUAGAAAAUGUUCUAAGCUGAGGGGAAAAAAGCCUUGUGUAGAGAAUUAGGUCUUUUUCUAUAAAUUUUAAACUAACAAUAAAAGUUUAAAAAAAAAAAAGUAUAUAAGAAGUUGAAUAGCUUUCCAACAUGGAGGUUCAAGACCUUGAGUUCAAAUUCGGACUCAAGCAGCUUUGUUUAAUAAAUAGCUUUUGAAUGAAAAAAAGGCAACAUGGAAACGUUCUUUCCCCUUCCCUCCAAACUGGUCCACAAAAGUGAUUCGACCCUAGCACACUAAGCAGGCUAUAAGCCUGAAAGUUGUGCUAACAAAAAACAAUUAAUAUAAAUAGUUCCAGUUGCACGAAUUUAUUAUUGUUUGCAUAAAUCUAUUUAAAGUUAACAUGAUUGAGUCAAAAUAAUUGAUGCGAUUUCACUCACUAUAAGCUUUGUUUUUAAAAAUAUUUCUAAAAUAUUUAUCUUGUUUUAUAUAAACAACUUUUUCUUAUUUCUAUGCUCUGCUCAAAUUACAGUCAGUGCCUUUUAUGUAAAAUAAUACAUUAACAGUAGUGAUUGUUAUUUUUGCCCUAUUUAAUUGCUAUUAAAGCUUAGCCUAUUAUCAGUACUGUUAAAUCAUUUUAACCUUUAUGCUCACCUUUGGAAUUACUUGACAUAAUAGUAAAAAAUAAUAUUGGAUAUUCGUGAGUUUUGAGUUCAUAAGGCUUACAUUAGAAUACUGAAUAUUGUUAAAAUACCUCUAUUCUGGUCGCUUAUCCAGACUGGCAAAGGGACACAGUUCUCAAAAAUAGCUCUAAUGAUUUUCCUAGGAAUUUGACAGUUGAUGUAUAUCAUUGGAAAUGAAUUACUAGCUGGUUGGCCACACUGGAAAAAAUCUAUAGUUUGACUUCAAAACUUUUGAAAGUAUAAAAAGAAAUUAAUUUAAAAUAGGCUAGAGGAUACAAAAAUAUUUAUUUUGAACAGACUACACUUCUUUGAGUAUUUCCCCAUGUAGGCUAAAUUCAAUCAAGAUUUUAAUAAGUUAAUGUUCAGGAACAUUAUGCACACAUUAUUCUUAGUCUAGAUGUAAAAACCUAUCAUUAGAAUAUGUCUAGUAGAUUUAUACAUUUUUUUUUACCAGGAUUUUUCUUUGGGGAAGGGGGAAUAAGGAAAGUGGUAAAAAUUGUUCAAUUUUUAAAAAAAUUUCUAACAUUCAUUAGUUAUUAAGAAGAGCAAAAUAAAAGUUGUAUAAAGGCAAUAUUGUACUAUUUUUUUAAAGUAUUUUUUUUUUAUUUUCUUGUUUUUAAGUUUUAAGCUAACAUUUAUUGGAAGAAGAAAGUUGGUGUUUGUAUUGGCCAGGGGAUGACUGACCUUAUGGACUGUAUGUCUUCAAGAGAAUCAUUCACUUAGUACUUCUGACUCUGUUCCUCUAUUCUUUUACACAAAUCUCCUAUUGCCUUGUCCUUCUUUGUUUAUGGACUUGAUCAUCGUCUUUACUCCAAGGAUGUUCAUCUUAAAUUUGGUUGUGUUUAAUCAGCUGAAUGUUUAAUACACUUUAAAACAAAAGUCUUUCAUUUGAUAAGAUUUGCAUGUUUUUUUGUUGUUUUUUUACACUCAAAUAUUGUUUAUUUUAUUGUAUUUAUAAUGCAUUGAUGUUUUUUUUUUUACUAGCAUGUUUACUUAACAAUAUAUGUAACCUUUGUGAGAUUGUCUUGUAUGUACAUCCACAGGCAAUAGCACAACCCUUUUGCUCUAUUGUUUUACUUCAGCUUAGUAUUGAGAAUGGGAUGCUAAGGAUAUUGUAAAUUUUCUGGGAAAAUCUGUUACAAAAAUAUUUUCCUAGUAGGUUACUCGUGCCCCAACUUUGUAUUGGUUUAUGUAUUGGUUUCUUUAUCAUUAGUUACAGCCAGAAGUUUUCUAACCUAAAUGUUUGGCAGUAAAAUGUUAAAAAAUUGUUGACAUCAGUGCCUCAUUACUUACACAUUGAAACUUACUAAAGGGGAUGAUAUAGUUUUUGGCUAAGUCAACCAAUUUUUUAAAUUUUUUUUUUAAUGUAUUCUUACUGGUCGCUUUUAAGAUCUUGGUUUUGAAGAAAAAUAAUUAAGCACCAAAUGGAAGCAAUAUCUGAUAGAAUAAUAUAAUUUACAUUUCAUUUUGUGUUAUUCAAUAGUGAACUUUAAACUUUGUCAAAUACACUUGGAACCCUGUUUAUGUUAACUAGCCAUCAUUAUUGAGUGUUCUGUGGUGUGCUAAGCAAUGCUAUUGCAUCCAAUAUUUAUCUCCAGUGCCAUCUUUAGCAAUUUUUACUACCCUCAUUUCUUGUGUAAAAUUCUGAGUUUUUUAUUUAUUUUUUUAAAUUGAAAUAGAUUUUGUCUUGAUACAAUUUUGGGAAACAUUCCAUUUUAUUUCUUUAGUUGCGCUAUUUAUUAUUUUUGUUCUAAGUAUACAAGUUUUCAAGUUUGUUUAAUAUGUCCGAAUUGGUUGUUACACAAUACACUUUACAUGUACACUAUUAAAAUACAUUCUAUUAACUACUGCUGUCAGUUAACAAUGUUACAAGAAAAGUGAUUCCAACUUCCCUGAUAUUGUUUCUCUUGUUGCAUAUUUACUGAGAAAGAUAUAAAAUGUUUUUAUGGCAUUUAAUAUGUACACUAUGUCUAGAUGACUGAGCCCAUUGAAUCUGAAAUAAAAAAGUUAGUACAUUUA